AUGGCAGACGCUAUGGACAUUGACGCGCCCGAUUCGACCCGCAAUGCAACGGCGACGUGUCCACCAGAUCCCGCGGCGCCAAACGCGGGCGAUUCGCCUCCGCAAACAGCGACGGCACACGAGCAACGAGAGCCACAGGAGGCGGACGACGCGGCAGAUAAAGGAUGCCCGGAGCGCGAGAGCUCGAGCCGCAGCAGCGAAGAAGACCUGGUCGUGUCGCUGACGCGGCGCGGGGAGGAAGGGACGCAGCGAUUGGUCGAAGCCGCGGAAGGCGUGCUGUCCACGCUGAACCUCGUCAUGUGCAACGGAGCUUUCUGGGAAGCUUCUUCUGAAACUGCAGGCGGUGGAAAUGCAAGCUCCGAGCAACCACAGCAGCAGCAGCAGCAGCAGAGGCCAACCUUGGGAUUGCCGCCGGAUGCGGCAGCAGCAGCCAUAGAGAUGGCGCACCUUCGAUACAAGAACAUCUCAUCAGAGCUCCGUUCCUUGCUUCUGCGGUUGCAGGAAGAGAUGGAGAAAGGGACAAAGCAGGCCGGCCGGCCAGGGGACGACAGGGAAGGAACUCAACGAGCAGAGACCCAGAGGGUGGGCCAGGGCUCUGACCCAGGGUCUGCUGCUCCUGAUGCAGCACCUGACCGUGCAGCACCUGAAGUAGCACCUGAAGUAGCACCUGAAGCAACACCCGAGUCGCCGUCUGUAGAGGAGUUGACUGCACGAGCAGCGAUUCUGAGAAAGCAAAUUAGGAGGUGCAACGUGCGGCUGAGAGCAGCAAUGGAGGCUCUGAGGGGGAAAUCAGACAAUGCCACUCUCACCCCCCUCUUCUGCUCCCCUCUGUGCACCUCCUGCAUCGUAUGA